UUUAUUUCUUAAGAACCUUAUUGAGGUCGGAAUUAUAAAAAAAUACUCCGUAAUAUAAAUACCUCGUGAAAGUUUGAAGUAAUAAAAAUGUAUCAAUUUGUGGGUAAAGUAAAAAAAAAGAAGAAGAGACGAGGCAUUGAGCACUCCCGCCACAUCAAAGAAACAGCACAACCCCUUAACCUCCCUUUCCCAACACGUGCCCUUUUCUCUCCCUCUCUUUCUCUCUCGUCAUAUUUACAUUUCCACACUUUUCAAUUUUUCUCCCUUUUCCUCUUUCACCAAUCCCCUACAUUUCUCUACUUUCUCUCUCCUCUUCAACCCUCCGAUUUUCCAUUUCGUUUUUUCAUUUUUCAUUUUUCCCUUUUUUUUUUUCUUCUUCUACUUUGGAUCGUAUUAGAUUUUCCCAGGUACAUUGAUUUUUCCUUAAUUUUCUCUCCCUUUUCUGCUAGAUUUUUUAGGGUUUUAAUCGAAAUGGGAAAUUUUUUUGGUGGUUAGGUGGGAGGUUAGAUUCUUUCUUCUUUAUCAUUGUAAUUUUCCGAUUCAAUUUGAUUCCGAUUCGGGAAAUUUCAUUCUAGUUGUAGUAUUACUGUUUAGUAAUUUGGAAGCUAACCCUAGUUUUAAUUCAAUUAGGUUUUUUGAUAUUAUCCCCAAUUCAUACUUGAAAAAUUCAAAAAAAUUAAAAAUUAAAAUAAAAAAAAGUAGAAAUUGCCUGUUUUUGUUUAUCAUCUUGCUUAUUUUGUAUAGAAGAAUUCACAUCUAUCGUUUUACUUUGUGUUUUUAGGGUUUUGUUUUGUUUAUUAUUCUAUGUAUAGCCAGCUGUUGUCUAUACAAGAAACUCCGUGAUAUUUUUGGUGCAGUUUUUUUUGGUUUGCUAUCUGAAAAUUGAGGGUUUUCUUGUUCAAUUUUUCCACUAAUUAGGGUUUAUUUCCAUAAUUGCAUUAUUGCGUUUUUCUUUCCUUUUUCCCUUUAAUUUCGUUUUGUUGUUCUUGGUAUAAAUUAUGCAAAUAAGAAAAUAGAAGAGAAAUCUAGGGUUUUUAAGUUGAAGGGGUUGAUUGGUAGGGGAGAGAAUCUGUUGUUUUGUGGGAUAAUCUAGUUGAAGGAUAGGAUGGCUUUGAACUUUUCACAUCGGCCGAUCUUUCCAGCUCAUCUUGCUGAGGAAAAUAUAGGUCAGGGUGGUUCACAGGACAAGGACAUUCGUGAAUUGUUGCCUGCUGAUCCUUUUGGGAUGGAUAUAAGCUCCACGGUUACUGCCAUCACGGGGUGGCUUGAGGAUCUAGGAGCUGAUUACGGUGGUUAUGGCGGGGCCGAGGGUGGUAGUUGUAAAGGGGAUUACCCUCUUUUUGCCGGAUGGAAUUUUUGGUGGAAUUCGGCGGCUAUGGAAUUCCAGACGUUUCCUGAAAAAGAUACAUGGGCUGAUAGCUUUUUCCCGGAGCAGGGAUUACAAAGGCGGUCGGACUAUGAAGGCAAUGCUGGCAUUGCUUGUACCAGUACCUUGGAUGGUGCUAAGUUUGGUACUACUGAUGAUGCUAGUUUUGACAGGUUUGAUAAUCAUUGGAAGAUUACCGCAGUUGAUGGGUAUCUUCCAAAGGCGUAUGAUCAAGGUGUCCAUUUUGCUUGUACCUUGGACUGUGUUAAGUUUGGUGCUGCUAAUGAUGGCAAGGGUGAUUUUAAUCAUGGGAAGGGUACUGAGGCAGUUGCUGAUAUAUCUGAGGCUCCUUGUACCUUAAAGGUUGCUAAGUUUGGUACUAUUGAUAAUGCUAGCUUUGAGGGUGCUAAGUUUGGUACUACUGGUGAUGCUAGCUUUGACAGGAUUGAUAACCACUGGAAGAUUACCGGGGUUGAUGGGUAUCUUCCGAAUGGGGAAUUAGAGCAUCUGGUGUAUAAUCAAGGUGUUAUUUUUGGUUGUACCUUGGAUCGUGUUAAGUUUGAUAGCUUUGACAGGGUUGAUGAUAAUUAUGUGCAGAGUACUGAGACGGCUGCUGAUAUUGGUGAUAUAUCUGAAGCUCCUUGUACCUUGGAGGAUUCUAAGUUGGGUACAUCUAAUGAUAUCUUGGACCGAGAUGAUGAUAAUCAUGGGAACAGUACUGAGGCAACCUUUGAUACUGAUGAUAUUUCUGAGGCUCCUCAUCCAGCCUUGAGCUAUGCUCUUGCCUAUCUGGGUGUGCGUGAUCUGCUCUCUGUUGAAAGAGUAUGCAAGUCAUUGUGCCACACAGUUCGAAAUGACCCCCUUCUUUGGAGAAGUAUUCAUAUUGAUGGUCCACUCAAUGAGAAGAUCACUGAUGACAUUCUUCUGCAAUUAACCCACAGGGCUCAAGGUAGCCUUCACUGCUUGAACCUAGUGAACUGCCAACGGAUCUCAGAUGAUGGUUUGAUGCGUGUCCUCCUUAGCAACCUGAGGUUGAUCAAGUUGGGUGUUCCAGGAUGUACAAGACUAAGUAAUGAUGGUGUAGUGAAUUGCUUAAGGGCUUUCAAAACAGUGGCUGUCAAUGGGAUAAAAUAUCUCCGAUUUGGUGGGCGUCUUGGUGUGACGCAGAAGCACUUUGAAGAGCUGAUGUCAUUAUUAGACAUUCAUAAUCAAGUACAAAAUAAUCGUCCCAAGCCACACUUCUAUCACAGAGGAAACUUUUAUAUUUCUUAUGAAGAUGAUCGCCCCAUUGACUUAGAGUUGUGUCCAAGGUGCCAAAAUAUGAGGCUGGUCUAUGAUUGCCCUGCUGAUGGCUGUCAAGGCAAAAACCAUGCCGCUGAGCUGUGCCGGGCUUGCACCCUCUGUAUAGCACGGUGUUAUGAGUGUGGGAAGUGUAUAAAUGAUGAUUGUGUGUAUGAGGAGACCUUUAGUCUUGACUCACUUUGCGCUGAUUGUUGGAACCAAGUACCGCAUUGUCCUGAGAGGCCAGAUGUGGGGGUCAGCCCUCUUCAGCAUGUCAUUGAUCAGGAGCCAUCUGCUUCAUUUCAUGGCUAGGAGUAUAUUGGGUAUGUGUAUCGUGGUUUUUUUUUGUGUUGGUGGUUUUUUUGCUUGGAGUUCUAUGACCAAAGGCUAGCAUUUUUGAUGUAGUACAUAAUGAAGGCUUUCAGUAAGUAAACUUUAAUUGUACAGAUUUUGGUCUGCCUCGUACAUUGCUGUUGUCAUCAUGAUGGACGCUGAUCUUGCUUGGGUUGCAUGUGGAUCCUUAUUGUUUCUGGAUGAACUCUGCAGUUCAAGUUUUUCCGAGUUAUGGAGCUGCUGUUGUAUCAUACUCCUAUAUGCAGUAAAAAGAAAAUUUUAAAAAUUUGUUGACAUUUCACUAUCUUGUUGGUGGUUCUCUUGGUGGUUGACAUUGAUUUGCUUUGCUGUUGCUGCUGAAAGUACGACAUUCGGUUGGCCUGGAAGCAGAUAUCACCACACAAGGCUAGAAAUUGAUGUGUGAUAGAGGGGGGGGGGGUAUUGAUUGGCCUCCCUAAGUAGUUACCUCAAUACUACAUAGUUAUGAUCUCAUUUAAUUUGCUUUAUUGUAGCUGGUUAAAGAAAAAGGCAGUUCAGUGUACUUGGUACACGCUAGAUUGAUUGUGCUGAGAUGGAAGGUCGAUGACAUCUCUGUUGUUGCUGGAGAUACUUUCCUUAAGAUGAAACUUUUAAGGAACAGUCAGUUGCCUUUCCACAUGACAGUUAGGCUGUUUGUUGAUGCUUUAAAGCAGUUCAGAUGCUGAUACUGUCUAGAGAUGUAUCAAAGUGGCUGAUGUCGCAGGGCUCCUACCCUAGCCUCCAUUUCAUGCGUGCUCUUCUUGUCUAUGCCAUUAUCAGAGCACUGUAUUGCUAUGCUUCUCUCCGCUCGUGUCAGGUACUCCAGGCUGAUUGACUUUUGUUUGUAAUAAUAAGCCAAAAACUCAAGAUUUAUAUUGUCAUGAAUAAUUUUGUCUUGCUCAGACUUGAGGGCAGGAACCCACAUACAUUAGUUCUUUUUUUUUUUUGGCCGAGUGUUGUGGGUUUGAAAUCUCAAAGUCUGAUCAAUUAUGGUAUGUAUAUGUGGAUAAUUGUAUCUUAUCCUGUACUAGCUGUACUUCCCUGGCCGAGUUUGCUGGGUAAAACAUUGAUCAUUUGGUUGUUUAUGAAAAUAAAUAUUUAAA